AUGAUAAACCCUGUGCCAGCGUCUUGGUGUGACUGUCGCUGGUUCAAGUGCUUCGGAUCGUGCAGACUCUGUUUUCAGGGUUGUUCCACCGUGUCCCGCUGUGGCACGAGACCAUCAGCCUUCGCCUACCACAGCGAACGCGAGCACUGGUGUCUGGCAUCAACGUCCUCGUCAUUGAGACAGGACGGGUUAGGAAGCACAAAUAAAGCUGGGGCUUCAGUUGGAGAUAACGACAGAAUCGUUGAAGGAGCAAGGCAUUGUAAGACGGAGAUGAAGACGGGGGUCGCUGAAAAUUCAACACUUACCUCUGUUCCUGGUCACGUGAAAACAAGAUUGUUGUUUGUGUCGCGUCUAGAACCGUAUACGAGUGAAGACAACGUGGUUAGACUCGUGACAUCUGUGCUAGGUGACGAGACGGUAACCUGCACGAAGUUGUGGCCAAAACACCCAUCAUACUCGUCCUUUCUUUUGUCUGUGGCAGAAGAUGUGUUUGAAUGUACCAACACAUUUGAAAUAUGGCCUGAAGGCAGCGUCUUCAAGCAGUUCUUCGGUCGUUUGUUGCCAUCAAUGCGUUUUGGGCAUACGGGAGAAGACCCGAGCUGGGGGGUUGACGACGAAUAAAUAGAACUAACAGUUUACUGUCGAAAUGUUUUAGGGCUAAGGGUGAAGGCAGGUGAAUUUAUGAUCUUGGAGUGUUAUGGGACUCUGUGCUUCAAAUUGCUUCGCACGGUAAUGCUGUGGUGGCAUCGUCAUUGAAGACGUUUGGCUCAAUGUUUAGAACUAUACGAGCUUUUAAAAUUUUGAUAUCUGUGCUUGUGUUUUUUCUUUAACUGCUUUGUUCGCUCAGGGUUGGAAUUUUCUUCUACUGCUUGGAAUUCACUUAAUCCUUUCAAAAUGUAAGCAUAUUGAGGGCAUCCAGAGAUGCUUUUUUUUCAUUUACGACCAAUACUUUGGAAAUAAAUAUUAUUAUAGCUACAACUGGCUACUGAGUAAAAUGGUUAUGGACACACUUUCCCCAGAAAAGAUCUUAAUGGUUUGCUAUUUUUGCACAAGCAAAGUGUCAUGCUCAUGUUUAUGUUAUCCAUCAUAAGAUUUUGUUUGCCUUGUUCUUUGAAGUAAUUGAAACUGUUUUAUAUGUUGUUGGGAAGCUCUCUUGCCUGUCACCCAAAUGGAAUGCCUUUUUGAGCUAUUUUAAAAACUGUAAUGUCAGAGCUAUAAUAGGAUAUGAUAUUUUUUUUGUCCCUUUUGUGUAUAAUAUGUUUGAUACUUGCGCGUUUCUUUUUCGUCGAUGUUGCGAUGCACGACACAAGCAUGUUGCUGUUGAUGGACAUCAAUAAAUAAACAUAAAAAUGG